AUGCUUCCUCGAGUGCACGUACUGACUCAAGGGCUGACCGCGGCACCAUCGCCGUUUGCGUGCACAGAUGAAGUGCCCCAGAUGAGCCGCGAGCCUCCUGCAGACCACUGCUACGACAACAAUUCCACGUGCUGCUGCAACUCCAUCUCGUUCGCGCUCAGCAUGCUGUGCCUGAAGCUUUAUGUCCUCCUAAGCUGCCAGUGGCUGGCGCAAGACGGUGCAAGCAUCGACGCCUCGUCCGGGGCAUAUUACCAGUACCGGUUGAGCGAUCAUGUCAGUUAUUGUGGAGACGGGACAAACCAAUCGCUCCCGAUGACCGUCCAGACUUCCGUAUGCGAGUCUGGCAUGCGAAUCGACGACGCGCUAUACACCAUGUUUUGGGCCGACGGGUCAUGCACCUCCUUCCGAAACCAAUGGUCGUUGGACGAUAUUACGCAUGGCAAUGGAACGUUCACACACUGCGGGAACGACAAUGAGGCACCACUGAGUACACCUUCCACCGUAGCUCCCGGGACUAGGGCCGACACGAUCCGGCAUGCAUCAACAAGCACGGACGCCUCGAGCACCACCACGACGCAGGCCUAUGCGAGCUCCGGCGCCCCAUAUGCUGUGCACAAGGUAAGCAUAGGUGCUAUCGUGGGCAGCAUCUUAGGCGCGGGACUGGCCCUCCUCGCGUUCUGCGCGGUCCUACGCAUGAGACGACAAAAGACCAAUACGCGUGCGCCGUACGACAGGCCGUCCAUGAUGAAACAAGAAACUGUGCAGCUCAGCCCAUAUUCUGCGCCAUUGGUGCCGUUGGGAACUGCGGUAGACAGUCGUGUACUGACACGGCCAGCGAGCAAACCACGCAUGGAGCUUCGAAGCAAAGAGCAUGUCCUAUCUCAUGCGAAUGCGGCCUCGGGCUCGGGCUCGGGCUUGGGCUCUCAGGCAGGUAUGGACGCGACGACGAUGACGCCUUUGUACACCGAGGAUGAGGACAACGUGGCAGGUGAUUUGCACAACGGAGAACGGGUAGAGUGUGCUUUGUUCACGCUGGGAGCGCUCGAGCCGGUUGAAGAUGCUGGGCAAGUCGAUACUGAGGAGUUUCCACCGCCGCCCGCGUACCGUAGCUCGUGGGGGUCUUCUUGA